GUAUCUCAUCAGGAAAAGGCCAGCGAACGAUGGGGCCUCUAGAGCUUGUACGCUACAUUAUAUAUCGUAUGGCGUUCUACAUUUGGCGGCCCGUAUUAAAAAAAGGCCGUUUCAGCGCAUUGUACGACAUCCUUUCAUUUGCCCCUGACAAAAAUGGCGUUAUAAUCCCGCAGAAGGAAUUUGAAGAAGAACUUCCCCGCCAAACCGAAAAGGAACCACGCGAAAACUACCAAAGUGAUUCAGUUCAGAUCUUUGGGCAGAAUGCAAAAGGUCAAAUACUGCUGGCAUCAAUACAGCGCCAACCUGACGGCCUUGCAAUUGCUAGCCUUUACGUGCGACUCGUUUGUGGACGUUCGUACUGUUUACCUCAACCAAUUCAAGUGGACACAUCGAAUAAUGAACACUUUAUAGCUGGGAGCUUACGAAUUACCUGCGUUCAUCCGAUGCGAAGGUGGAGGGUCGCGUUCAACGGAAACCUCAAGGAAGUUAACGCUGAGAAUAUCGACCUGGUUCACGUCAGACUCGUAGCCAUAGGGAACCUUGCACACGGAUGCGCAGAUUUUCAGUCAUACUAUAACGAAAAAUUCUUGGCGCGCCAAUUGGCUCAAAAAGCAGGAUUUCGAGCAUUAAACCGGGACGUCCUGCGAAAAAGCUUUAGAUCAUUGAAUGCGUAUUACCAGCGUUUUAGCUUUGCAAGUAAGGUGUUCGUCGAACAUGGUGAGCCAGAAGAAAUGUAUAUAUUUGGCUACAAGUCGCGCUUUUCUGACACAAAUACAGUCAUCAAAAAGUCUGUCAUCGCAUUUACGGAGGUGGUUGUAUUGCAGAACGGCAUUUCAUCGGUUUUGGGAAUAUGUGACCUUCCCGACAUUAUGGACAACCUUAUCUUUGGAUACAUCAAUCUUCCAUGCCGGCAACAAAGGCCAUUGGAGUUCUGUUCCCCUGUCGGGGAGUUUUUCGAACCAGGGAAAUUAUCAGUAGAGAUAGGCGCAGAUUGUUUUAAAUCCUUUCGUCUUGCUGUACUGGAAGUAACGGAUGUAAUAGAUGAAGUACAGCGCUUUCAGGGCAGCUACUGGAAACGCAGCUCAAAGUUUUGUAAAAUUUCUCUUGACGGAAAUGUCGGACACGCACUGACCUCCGAUUUUACAAGGGAAAAGAUCCAGCUUUCUUUACCGGUAGUGCCAAGGUAUUUACCUUUAUCCCAAGCUUCACCAUCGUUACGUCCACUGGUGCUCCCAUUUCAAGAGCUGGCUUGCGUCCAUAGCCCAUUAACUGGAGGCAAGGGUAGUUCAUUAGCCGUUUUGACGCAGAUUUCCCUGGAUCACACAGGACUGUUUCACGUGCCUCAGGGAGUCUGCGUGACAACGGUCGCAUACGAAGAAUUCGUGUCGACCCAGGUCGUAGCCAAUGCACUGAAAGAUCUGGAAGAAAUCGUGGCUUCUAACCCCACACUCAAGGAUUUGCGCGAAGCAUGCAAUAGGAUUGGCUCUAUUGUAGCUACGGCAGAUUUGCUACCGUCAAUUUCAUCAGUGUUAUUGGAGAACAUUAAGCCAUCCCUUCGCUAUGCUGUACGCUCAUCUGCAUGUGGGGAGGAUUCUGAAGAAACAUCAGCUGCAGGUCAGAUGGAAACUAUCUUAGGUGUCGAAGGCCCUCAACAGGUACUCCAAGCUGUCACGCGUUGCUGGGCCAGUCAGUUCUCAUUUACAGCCGUACAAUACCGUAGGCGAUACGGUCAGCCAGUAAAUGUUCCAAUGUGCGUCGUUGUCCAGGAAAUGAUAUCGUCUGAGAUAUCUGGCGUUAUGUUCACCGUAGAUCCAGUGUCUGGAAAUCCCCGACAUAUAACCAUUACCGCUAACUACGGAAUUGGAGAGAGCGUCGUAUCGGCAGCAGCAGACCCCGAUACGUUUGUGGUGGCUAAGACUCAUGACAGUCAAAAGGUAGAAUUUGUUUGCGAAAAAUUGGGUGAGAAGAGGUUGUCAACAGUUCUGUCUGUAGACACAGGAGGAACACGGAAUAUAACUGGGGAGACACGUUCAUCUGAGGCUUGUCUUUCACGUGAACAAGUUCUUCGGCUUGGGAAAGUUGCGCUUGUGCUGGAACAAGCUUACGCUGCGCCAAGAGACACCGAAUGGGCCUUUUUCAAGGAUAUACUGUACAUGUUGCAAGCUCGUCCGAUCACCUCACUGGACCAGAUCGAUACGGAGUUCGAGUAUUUGCAUGAGUCCGACCAAGGAUUUGAUUCCGAGAUCGAUACGCUUUCCAAAGCUAACGUCGGUGAGGUGUUUGGAGGCAGCAUGUCUACACUCGGUCUUGAUGUCAUCGACAAAGCUCUGGUUCACAACCGGAUUGCAGCGCAGGAUCUUAACGGCGAGAAGCAGCAUACAUAUGCGAAGGCCAUGUUUUUAUCAAAUUGCUACAGUCAGUGCUUCUUCCCUACCUAUUGGCCCGGUUUUUCAGACUACCCAGGAGAUGAUUUGCUGUCACUGGGUUUAGCCAUCUCCAUGGCGGGCCGAAGAAUUGAAGACGAAUGUGUACUCAUCUCGAAUAGGAACAAAAAACGUUACCAGUUUGCAGGACGCGCCCCACGCGGUUUCUUAAAGGCGUUACGAUCCUGUUGGUACGCCGAAGACUCGUUGAAACAAACUAAGAAAAUGCUGGCCACAUACAAGGCCAAAACUGAUGUGGACCGUUUUACGGAAAGUAGGCAGCUUUUUAAUUACAUUCUUAACGAAAUACGCAUCUUUCAAACGGCCAUGCUCAGCCAUGAGAAUUUCAUCAUGUAUAAUUCGAUAAGCAACGUUGCAAUUCUUAGUCUGCUUGUGUAUUACAACAAUGGAGAAUGGGAUCAAAACGUUUAUUCCGAUUUUGCUGCGUUAACGGCAUCUUGUCAAGAGUUUGUUGAGUCCGCUGGCGUCCCUACUUCUAUGGCUUGCCUUGCACAACAAGUGGAGAAACAGUUUGGAGAAGAGUUCAAAAAGUUGAGUUUUGAAGAUGCUGACAAAACUUUGCGUGAUGACCGCGGUGAAGCUGGUAGACUCUUUAAUAAGUUCCUCGAUGAACACGGGCAUCGCUGCAUGCGAGAGUUGGACAUUCAAGCGAAGUCGUGGUCAAUGGACUCCACAUUACUGAUAAAAUCUCUUCAGGCGAUGGUAGGAUCUAUCAGAACUUCAAGUGAAAAAAAGAAAGUUCUCACCCAUGACGAGCUAAUCAAUACGCUCAACAUUCGCUUACCGAAGAUAUGUAGAUUUAUUUUGAAAUUUAUUUUGAGGCGGACGCAAAAAGGAAUUGCACGACGCGAGACUGGAAAAUCUCUUCUGGUUAUGAGCAACGAUUUCCUACGCAAGUAUUUUUAUCGACUAGGUAGGAUGAUGGUAAAAGAUGGGCGUCUACCUGAAGAAGACCUUAUAUUUCACUUAACAUUAUCCGAGAUCCACGAACUUUUCGAAACUCGUGCGCCUAAAUAUCUCAUUCGAGCUCGUCAUCGACGGACCAAUCAGAAGGCUGCGGCAAUAGCAAUUUUUCCUGAACACUGUAUUGGCCGACCUAUCCAAUGUUUGAAUGCGGCAAGAGGUGAGCUUCCAGUGAAAAUGGCUGCUGGUACGCUGAUGAGGGGUACGCCUGUCUGCGCUGGACAAGUAACAGCUCCCGUUCGGGUUGUUUGCGCUCUGGAAGACGCCGGUCAAAUUCAGAAGCAUCCUUUCUUUCAGGGUGACGUAUUAAUAACGUACGCAAUAGACAUCGGCUGGUCACCGUACUUCCCGUUACUCGCUGGAAUCGCCACCGAGCUUGGUGGAGCCAUCUCACAUGGUGCCGUUGUCGCUAGGGAAUAUAGCCUUCCUUCAAUUGUGGGCGUGCACGGCGCUACUCAAGCGUUCCAAUCUGGCCAGAUCGUGGUGCUGGAUGGGUUAAAAGGCACAAUCGGACUAGUUGCUGACUGAUAGCCUAGUGGUCUUAUUCCGAUCAUCUUGCUCGGCUAUUAGACAUGUAGUAUAGUGCAGGUGACGGCCCGCAAUAGCUGUGCGCGAUUAUCGCUGAAAUAUCUGAUUUCUGUAAUGGUGGCAUGGUACGCGUCGAACGUAUUUAGAUCACGUUCAAUCAAUCGCUUUUCGCGGAAUAACGCAAACGGCGGUAUAUAAAUGUGUUCAUUACUUCAGGUGGUUAUGCAUAUGCAUCUACCAGAAUAGAUUUUCUACAACUUGAUUUUCAAGAGAAUAUAUAUGUAUUUUAUUAUCGUGCGUGUAAUUAAAAACAGAGAGGAUUUACUAACUCUUCGAAAGGAUCAUUUAUAGUAACAAAUAUAAUGGUGGAAAUGGGUCGAGCUUUCAUUUACCCUUCAAUUAAACGAAAGUGCAAAAAUGCAAUUAUAUGAGGUAAUAUCAAGUUAACAUUACCUGCAUAUGCGGGGCGUUCAAAAGGCUGGAAACUUAGGGUCCUUUAGACAGAAUAUAAAGAGCAAACAACUAUGCAACGCUUCGCCUUCCGCAAUGAAAAACUAAGGCCAGACUUUUGGCUAAACCUUCUACUGAAAGAAGAUCCUUAAUGCUGAAGAGAGUAUUCCCAAGACUUGUUUGCACAGUAAAAAUAACCAAAAAUGUUUCAAACAAAAGAGAGAAAGAAACGAACAAUUGGAGUUUAUGGUAUUAUUGAGAAAGUUCUAAGGGUCCUUAAGGUGCUUCGCAUUAAUAAACGUAAAAGCAGACAAAAUAGGUCGUUUGCACUUUUUUUCGCACCCGUACUGCUCAUACUAAUUCAGUACAUUAUGCUUGCAUGCCGGACAUAACGUACAUAUAAAACCGUAUCAUUUGGAUACUCUUAUUGUUUGUAGUCCGCCCAGCUCAGGCAGGUAAUUAAUUUGGCAGGUAGAUCUGCACAUGUUAGUGAUUAAAGAGACUGCUACAUAGCAGUGAGCUGUACAAAUUAAUUGUUUUAACUUGACGCGAUGGCUAUAA